AUGCUGAUCCACAUAUUUAAAAAACCGCAAAAAAACGAACUAACAUCGAUUUUAAUUUUUCGACGUUUAUUUAUUGUCAUAUCAUUAUCAUUGUUGAUCGGUUCCCUUUCGAUAUUGUGUUAUAGAGUACUUAACGAACAGCCUAGUAUUACUAUCUCUCUUACACCAAUAAAAGAUCCAACCGCGCCAGCCGUUCAUUUAGGUUUCGGCAAAGAUUUUAACAUUUCGUGUUUACUAUAUUAUGAUUACGCUGGAAAAAAUUCAACCAAUUGCGAUCAAUACGUUAUACAACCAAAGAAAAUUGGUUACGAAGAUUAUCCAUAUGUUGGAUACUUUUCACCAAAAGGAAGCAUUAAUUUGACCCAAUAUUAUAUUGAUUCAGGACCAUAUUUUGUUUAUCUUUAUGUAAACAUCAAGGAUUCCACCGAUGAUUUUACUCAAGAAUUUAGGAUGACUGUAUAUGAUGAAGGCAAUGAAUACGAUAUGCAGAAUCAAAGUUUUGUUGCUCCGACCUCUCCAUUCGAGAAGUCACUUUUCUAUAUGAAUAAACAUACUUUAGUAGGACGUAAUAAAUAUAAGCUAGGCUACUCCAGAAGAACAAGAGAGACGUUGAUUACAACGUUUUGGACUUAUUUUGGCACACCGAUUCCAGUUUACAAUACAACACAUUACAUCGAAACAAGCAUGCAGGCUAUCCCGGCGAGUCCUACAAACACAAAUUAUGCAACCAUACGUAUUAGCCCACAUAACUUUAUUAUAGCAGACGAACAAGAGCAAAGAGAAUCUGCAAUAAGCCUAAACCCUGAACCUGAAUUAAAAGUUUCGGUCACAGCAUUGGUUGAGAGCAAUACCAUUAUAAGCACAUUAGGAACUAUAGCUGCAUACCAUGGUGCUGCUGUAUUUAUCUAUGUAUUUUUAUUUGGGGUUGAUUCCAUGAAGCCAUGGGGUUUUGUACAUCGUGGAUGUUGCGGAUGUGGCGGAUUCAGAAGGAAAGCCGAAAUUGGUAUCGAAAGAAGUUUGGCAGAAGAAAAUAUCGAGAGUUCUACCAGACUCUCAGAAAGAAUGAAAAAAUUGGAAGAUUUUAAAAUAAUUCUUGAAAAAUAUGUUGUUGACACUUCAUUAUUAGAAACCAUUAAACAACGACAAGAAGAAAUUAUUUUAAGACAUACAUUCUAG